AUGAGCAGAGGAGAAGAUAUGGAUGCUUGCCUAGAGGAAGUAAAUAAGGACUCGAAAGUGUGGCAGCAUGGCAAGAUGGUUGCUCUUGACUGGCUCCCAAUUUUCAGAAAUCUUGGAAAUUUUAGCAAGGUUUGUUUACCUUUUUUACUUGCAUGUGUGUACAUAUAUAUCUGUUAGCAGGCACCAGAUAAAAAAAAUGCCAUCUAUGUAAUCUGGUAGCUGCUAACAGGGGAAGUAGACAUGUGGACGUGUGUUUUCCUGCCGGAUGAUAAUAUUAUUUUAACUCUUGUAGGCUGGGACAUGACAUUCAUCUUGUAACUAAAAAAUAUUAAUUUUAUAAUCUUAGUCCCUGUUUGCUGGACUUUUCAUACACAUGUUGCAGAUGAAAUUGUAGCAAAUGGUGGGACCAUCUACAUGUAUUAGGGACACCUUUCUGUUGUAGAAUCACUGUGGCAUUUACUUUCAGACAUUUCACAUAAAUAUUGAAAUGUUUAUAACAAUAUCACUAUAGGUGAGAAACUGGUUCUUCACUAUGGUUGGUUUACAAAACCCAAAAGAGGAAGCCAUAGAGUCUAGAAGAAAGUAUGACUUUGGACAUGAAGUGCUUGCAUGGAGGAUAAAGCUUCGAAAAGAAAGUAGUGCACCUCUUUGACCUUUAUUGCAGUGUAUGAUAUACCCUCCAAAUUUAGACCUAACAAUUUUUGCUAACAUGAUACACGGUAACUGCUAUUGCUUUGUAUGAGAAUAAAGUUGAAGUCAUUACCUCAGCUCACAGACUUUUGUCAUCUAAUUCCCAACUUUCCAAAGUUUGUUUUAUAUUACAAACCAUAAUUAUUAUUAUGGUAUGGCAAAUUUCCCUGUAAUGUAUGUUGGCCAAAUCCUUCCCUGAUGAUUAUUGUAUUUUUAAUGGUUUACUACAGGUAUCUGGAGGGGAACUGUUCAGAGAAGCUAAUUUCCUUGGAUGGCCUUGAAUUGGAUAAGGAUCUCCCAAACUAUGAAGAAAUUUUGCAGAAUAACCGGAGAAGACUGCUCAGUGAACAUUUCAUUGAUGGCAAGAAGCGAACAGAGGUGGAGGUACAAAGACUUUAUGUAACUGUUCAAGAAAGGGCUGUAGCUGAAGAUAUAAAGAAUGCCACCAAGGAUGAAAUUCUGAAACGCAUUGGAGAUAAACUACAGCAGAUUUUUGAUGAAGAGGCAAGAGGACCUCUGUCUAGCAAGAUGGAAUAUUUUAAGGCCCACCCAAGUAAAGCCAAAAAGGAUGCACUGCUUGUAUUGUACAAUGACAUAAUUGAAGAGCUUCAGCACCUUGAAGCAGUUGAUGAACAAUGUAUUGUGGAAGAUGAUGAAGAUGGAGAGGUUGACUGA